CGGGUAUGAACGUUUGAACAGUCAGUCCGUCGUGGUCAGCCCUGUGCUCGACGAUGCACAUGCUAACGGAGCCCGGGUUAUCGUUUUUCCCAUGCACCAUUAUUACAAGUGAAACCCAUAACCUCUGCCUUCCCAUUCCCAUUCUCUCUCCUAGACAUAUCCCCCAUUUCCGUCCUUUCGGUCCCUAAUACUUCUGGACCAUGAGUAAAGUGACCUUCAAAAACUCGACUGCUGUGUUCACUCUCGAUGAGCCUCGCAGACCAAACGAGGAUGCCCUGGAGGCAAAUCUUUCAGUCGAAGAGCUCCCGUAUCUGCCAUGGGCUUCGCCCCCACUCGCCGUAUCUUUUGAACCAGAGAAACCUCUUACUCGCGAGAUACCCGAUUUCCCAGAUGGCGGUAUACGGGCAGUGGCUCUUUUCAUGUCUUUUGGAACUUUUGGUUGGAUCAACUCCUUCGGUGUAUUCCAGACAUACUACGAGGAGUAUACUUUCAAAGAACAAUCUGCCUCUAACAUUGCGUGGAUUGGAUCCAUCCAGUAUGGUCUCAUCUUCAUCCCGGCACUGUUGACUGGCCGUUUACUCGACCUCGGGCAUUACAAUAUUCCCCUCGCGAUUAGCAGCGCUUUCUACAUUGCCGCACUGUUUCUUGUCGCCGAGUGCAAGACUUUCUUACAAGUCAUUUUGUGUCAGGGAGUAGCAACUGGGUUCUUUGCUGGCAUGCUCUUCGGCAGUACUCCUGCAAUUGUAUCCCACUGGUUCUUGAGGAAACGCUCUCAAGCUUUCGGCGUCCUUGCAAUGGGAUCAAGUAUCGGAGGUACCGUGCUUCCAAUAGCUACGCAGCAACUAUUCGGGAAAGUCGGCUUCAAAUGGAGCGUUCGUGCCGUAGCAUUUAUUAUCACCUUUGCUGUCAUCGUCGCCAACCUGCUGCUUCGCCCUCGUCUCCCUCCCUCUAACGCCAAGGGAAGCCUGUUUAAUUGGAAAGCCUUCAAGAACCCUGCAUUUACAUGCUGUGUCCUCGCUUACAACGUGACAUUGCUGGGCCUUUAUGUUCCUCUCAUUUACCUCGAUUUGUCUGGUCAAGCAGCUGGAUAUUCUCCAAACUUUACUUUUUACUUGAUUUCUAUUGCCAACUUGGCCUCAUUGAUUGGUCGGCUUUCCUCGGGAGUCCUCGCCGACAAAUUUGGAGCACUCAACACCCUAAUCCCGUUCACCCUAAUAGGGGCAGUCGUGUCUUUCGCCUGGCCAUUUUCGACUUCUAGCAUUGCCUCCAUGGUCGUUGUAUCGGUAAUAUAUGGUUGCGCCACAGGGGCGUUUGUAAGUUUGAUUCCCAGUGCACCGGCGCGGCUUGGCGGGAUGAGCGAUGCGGGCAGCAGGAUUGGCAUGGCGAUCACGUGUAUGGCUUUCGGUGCGGCUGGAGGACCGCCACUUGCGGGUGUAAUACGCACCAAGUCUGGCGGAUUUGAUGAUGUUGGAUUGUACUCUGGCGGAGUUAUCCUCGCUGGAUGCGCACUCUUGGCUGCCACCCGAUACUUGGCUCUGGGAAAAUGGGUUGGGAAAUUCUAAACAACGUUCUUUAUGGUUCGAUAAACCUUCGAGGGGACCGCUGAUGUUACUAAUGGGAAAGGACGCUGAGUUGUAGGACUGUUUUCAUGGUGUAUCACGGCACUAGUCUCGCUCCCUGAUUUUUACAGUUGGUACUUGUCUAAUGUAUCCUAGCAAUGCUCCGUGCAUGGUUAGAUGUUCUUUAUAAUAUUAACACAUAUGUAUUCAGUGUCCGGGGUUGGCCUUUCGAGUUCCUGUUUCAACUUGAACGGAAAGGGGUAUUGUACCGGGGAACGCAGUACCUGUGGCGGUGAACAUGUGGACCA